CAACUGGAUACUCGAGAAAGAUAGAGGUUGUGUCUGGGACAUAAAACACAAUCUGCCUGUCUACUGCAGCCUGAGAGUUCAACCCAGACAGCUGAAGUGUCAGAAUGACCCGCGCUACCAUGACCUGGAUCCCUGUCCUCUCCCUCCUGCUGUUGUGCGUCAGGGACUCGGCUUCCCUCUUCCUGCCCGACUCCAAUGAGCUCAGGCAGCUGCUAAGCCGCUAUGAGGAGGCGGCGGACCAGAACAGCCCCGGCAACACAGCUGGCAACCGGACCCGACGUGCCAUCCGCUGGUCGGACCGUGAGGAGAUCCUCGUGCUGCACAACAAGCUGAGGGGCUCCGUCUACCCCACGUCCUCAAACAUGGAGCACAUGGUUUGGGAUGAUGAGUUGGAGCGGUCUGCCACUCAGUGGUCAGAGGAGUGUCAGUGGGACCAUGGACCGCAGGACCUGCUCAGGUCUAUUGGACAGAACCUGGCUGUUCACUGGGGAAGAUACCGCUCUCCUGCCUUCCAUGUCCAGUCCUGGUACGAUGAAGUGAAAGACUACACCUAUCCCUACCCCCAGGAGUGCAAUCCUUGGUGUCCAGAACGCUGCUCAGGGCCGAUGUGCACUCAUUACACCCAGCUGGUCUGGGCGACCACUAAUCGAGUGGGCUGUGCUGUGCACGUGUGUCGAAGUAUGAACGUGUGGGGAGAAACAUGGGAGAAUGCUGUUUACCUUGUGUGCAACUAUUCCCCAAAGGGCAACUGGAUCGGCGAGGCUCCAUACCAGCACGGCCGCCCUUGUUCCCAGUGCCCUCCCAGCUAUGGAGGAGGAUGUAGGAAUAACCAGUGCUACAAAGACUCUCAGCGCUCAGAGACAGAGGACAUGAAUGAGGUGGAGAAGCCUCAGGUUCCACUGCCGCCUCGUACCACCGCCAAACCUAAACCGUCUGCUCCCAAGAAACCAGCACCCAGACCCUCCGCUCCUAAGCCCACCACAUCAAGGACGCCAUCUUCAAAGACUCCCAGCAACACCUUCCUUGCUCAACAAAUCAAGUGUGAGACUAGACUGCGAGAUAAGUGUAGAGGCGCUACCUGCAACAGAUAUACAUGUCCUGCUAAUUGUCUGAAUAAGAAAGGGAAAGUUUAUGGAACUCUCUUUUAUGAUGUGCAAUCCAGUAUUUGCCGUGCUGCUAUUCAUUUUGGUGUCAUUGACAACAACGGAGGAGUGGUCGACGUUACGAGGAUGGACAAGUUACCAUUCUUUGUCAGAGCCACUAAGAAUGGCAUCGAGUCCUCCAGUAAAUAUAAACCAAGUAAUGCCUUUGUGGUGGCCAAAGUGGAAGAAAUGACUGCAGACUGCUACACCACUGUGGCUGAAAUCUGCCCUUUCAAAGAGCCGUACUCACACUGUCCAAGGCUCUUCUGUCCGGCCAACUGCAUAACUCAGCCUUCCUAUUGGUCGCCUGUAAUUGGAAACAACAUCUACACAGAUAGCUCCAGUAUUUGUAAAGCAGCCAUCCAUGCUGGGGCGAUCAAAGCAGACGGCGGUUUUGUGGAUGUUCUGCCACUGGACAAGAGAAAGAGCUAUGCUGGAGUCCUGAAAAAUGGCAUCCAGUCUGAGAGCAAAAGCAACACAGAGGGAGGCUCUUUCCGAGUCUUUGCUGUGAGGGAGUGAGACUUCUGAUCAGAAGUCCAGAGACCAACAGAGUCGCCUCAGCUGCUCUUGAAGAGCAGGAAGUGCCCACAGGUUGGAUACCAUGAUGUUCAUCUGUCUCUAUGCCUUCAGUGGAAACAGAUAUUCCCAGCAGAUUCCCUCUUUGUUCAUAAACAAUAGCCAUCCAGUAAAAGUUGUUGUCCAAUAUUUUGAUGGAACUUUUUUUUUAACUACAGCUAUAGAUAUUUCUACAUAGUUACUUAAUCUGUGAAUACAGAAUGUUUUUACAUAUUAUGAUGCUUUGAACAGCUGGUGCUGGAAGUUUGUAUUUAGACAUUUUUUACUGACAGUAUUAUGUUUACAUUGAUGUUCCUAUUACAAAUUCAAAUUGGUUUUCUUACAAAGGAAUGUAUACUGAUCACACUGUAUUUAAUCAUUGUGUACAGAAUAUAUGAUAUUUUGUUUGUUUUAAAAAUGGAG